AGUCACCGCUGCAGCGCCGAUUUGCGUCGGCCUCGGCCACGCAGACGUCGAACGUUUCUCAGGAUGUGAAGGCCCAGGCGAAGGUAUUAUCAUCGGAUCUGCUUUGGUAUGCUAAAAUAAUAACGCUUAUGACAGAAGGAGGCGUCGCUGCCCAAUCCCGACCCCGCUGCCGAUUCGGCGACGAUGGCUUUCAUCCAAGACCGUGCUCCGUAUAUGGUUCCGACCUAUGUUCGACCGGCCCCGAUGAUGGUGAAGGGACAGGGAUGUUAUCUGUGGGAUAUGGAGAAUCGGCGAUACCUGGAUCUUACGGCAGGUAUUGCUGUUAACUCUCUUGGUCAUUGUGACCCUGAGAUUUCUAAGAUCAUUGCCGAGCAGGCCGAGACUCUCGUCCAUGCCUCCAACCUGUACCACAACGCCUGGACUGGCGCCCUCAGCAAACUGCUGAUCAACACCACCCGCGAGUCGGGUGCCAUGCGCGAUGCCUCCCAAGUGUUCAUCUCCAACUCCGGCACGGAGGCCAACGAGGCCGCCAUUAAAUUCGCCCGCAAAGUCGGCCGCUCCCUUGACCCUUCGGGCGCAAAGCACGAAGUCGUUUCCUUCCACAACUCCUUCCACGGCCGCACGAUGGGUGCUCUGUCCGCCACGCCCAACCCCAAGUACCAGACUCCCUUCUCCCCCAUGCUGCCGGGAUUCAAGUACGGAAACUACAACGAUGUCGAACAGCUGCAGAGCCUCAUCACCGACAAGACGUGCGGUGUGAUUGUGGAGCCCAUCCAGGGUGAGGGUGGUGUGAAUGUUGCCACCCCGGAGUUCCUCGUGGCUCUGCGCAAGCGCUGCGACGAGGUCGGAGCAGUUCUGGUCUUCGACGAGAUCCAGUGCGGUCUGUCCCGUACCGGCACCUUCUGGGCCCAUGCUCACCCCUCUCUGGCUCCUGCCUCAGGCGAAGCUGCGCACCCUGAUAUCUUGACUUCCGCCAAGGCCCUCGGCAACGGUAUUCCUAUCGGCGCCACGAUCGUCUCAGGAAAGACGGUGGCAGAGCAUAUCAAGGCCGGUGACCACGGAACCACCUUCGGCGGUAACCCUCUGGUGUGCCGUGUCGCACAUCACAUCGUUGAGCGUCUGGGCUCGUCGGAGCUGCAGAACUCCGUUGAAGUGAAGUCGGCCCAGCUUGUGUCCGGUCUGGAAGCCCUCCAGAAGAAAUUCCCCGGCGUCAUCUCUCAGAUCCGCGGCCGCGGUCUGAUUCUCGGCGUUCAACUUUCCUCGGAUUACACAGCCAAGGCGUCCGAACUGAUCACUGCCGCGCGGGAACGGAGCAUGUUGAUCAUCACCGCUGGCGAUGGCUGCCUUCGAUUCGUCCCUCCCUUGACCAUCACCGAGGACCAGAUUAAGACGUCCUUGAAGAUCUUGGAACAGGCCUUCGAUGUUGUCACCAAGGCUUAGGCGAUAUAUAGAUAAAAUAUCCUGGAUAGAUAAAAAGACAUUUGCUUUAUUUUGCUAUCUAGUUCCGAUAGAUGACAAC